AUGGCUUGGAGAUUCGGUCGUCCGAAUGACAAAUGCGCCGUGGCACACGGCGCUGCGAGCACUGCCGAGCGUACUAUAUACAGUCGCAUCGGCGAGCCAGUAUUACUCUCGAACGAAACCGAUGACACACACAGCGCCGGCACGCCGAGCACUCAGCCCAUCAUGGGCUGGCAAGCGAGCAUUCCGAGCGCUGAUGAUAACACAGGGUUG